AUGACGACACAAUCACCCACAUCGUCCUCGACUCGACUCUCCGCUAUCGGUCUUGUCGCGACGCUCUAUCUUCUACUGGCGACACAGGUAUGCAGCGGGGCUUAUUACGGAAAGCUUAUCGGCAAGCUGUCGGAACUUCAUCACGGCGUGAGCGGUGAAGUGUACGCGGUGGACGGGCGAACUCUGUUCAUCAAGGACUUCACGUACGACGGCGAAGCACCAACUGCCUACUUUUACGUGGGCACUUCGAAGAGCCCGAACGGGAAUGGAAUUCGGCUUCGAGAUGAGCGUGGAUCAACGGACACGCUGAAACGGUACCGGAGGAAGGACAUCACGCUGACGUUACCCGAUGGCAAGACGCUGGGCAACAUCAAGUGGUUCUCGGUGUGGUGCGACGAAUUCUCCGUGAACUUUGGAGACGUGAGAAUAACACGAGGCUUCGACUACCCGAAACCGCAGAAAUUGGCAGCUCUGAGCGGAGUCCACGGGGUCAGCUCCGAACCCAUCGUCAUCGUCGACGCUCAAACGCUCUUGAUACCUAGCUUCAGCUACGACGGCGAGGCACCUGACGCAAAGUUCUGGGUGGGAGCCGGGCCAACGCCGUCGCCACAAGGUAUCCGUGUUCCUGACGAGAACGGCAAGGAAGUGCCGCUACGUCGAUACGAUCGCAAGGCCAUCGUGCUGACGUUGCCCGGGGAUCUAACGAUCCACCAGAUCGGCCACUUCGGCGUCUGGUGCGAGGCGUUCACCGUCGACUUCGGCCAUGUGAAAAUUCCGCAGAGUCUUAACGUGCCACCGUCCCUGAAGAUGCUCGGAGUUUCGCCGCAGUCGAAACUGAACUGCGAAGUUCUGGAGGACAGGCUGGCUUUUGAGGUGCGAUGGGCCGUGGCAGGAGACAGCAUAGUCGCCCAACUCGUUGGAAAACUUGAUGAUGGAGAAUACAUGGCGUUCGGAUUAUCCGCGAACCCGGAACGAAGCUUAAUGGUCGGCGGAGACGCGGUGGUAGCUUGGGUCGACAAGGAAACUCUUCAGGGCUACGCUGUCGAUUACUUUUUCGAUUCGAAAUCUCAGUGUUCCGGUGGACGCGGUAGCUGUCCAGACACUCGUAUACAAGAGAACACGAAUUCUAUUCGAUUGUUGAACGCGGCGCUGGUGGACGGAUACAGCAUUGUCACGUAUCAGAGACCGCUCAAGACAAAUGACGAACUGGACCAUCAAAUCCUGACAAACGGCUCACAGGCGAUCAUCUGGGCCAUCGGCCCCCUAAACGAGAGGCAGGAGGUCAGCUUUCACUCCAACUAUCUGAAAACCGACCGGUUCAUCGAUUUCGGUAGACCGCCAGUUUGGAAUUGUCCUGUUCCAGACCACGAGAACUCGCAGAUACUCGUGGACAACGACGAGAAGGCCAGUGAAAAUCAGGAACUGAUCGCAACCACGAGAAGACCUCAACGAGUUCCUGCCACCCCCGCGCCAGCGUCUAAGACAGACGCCUGGGAAAUUCCACCGAUCGAGUGCAACGAACCUGACGACGGAGUGCUUUACGCACAGAUGGGACCCGCUGGAGGCAAACACGGCUACCCUGCUAUCACUGGUCACGUCGGUUGGGGUAUCGCCUGGUACAUAAAUGGCCUGCUAAUUCCGGAGAUUAACGUGGUACGCGGGACCAAGUACUCGUUCGUGGUGGAAGGUGGCGAGAAUCCGGAUGUACAGGCUCGUUAUCAUCCCUUCUACAUUACCGAUGAUCCUAUCGGCGGUUAUCAGCACAAGACCCCCGAGGAGAAAGCUAAAGUGAAGAUAUUUGCUGGUGCCCAACGUCAACGCGGUACGUAUCGACCAACAGGCACUGGACGUUUGUGUAAUUGGCUGCCUGAUCAGGAUCAACCUCUUGCCGACGAAUUCUCUUCCUUCGGAGCUUAUCAGCGUACGUUGACGCUGAAAUGCGACCCCGGUGAACCAGGUCUGGUGGAGUGGACACCAGACGAGAACACACCUGACACGGUGUACUAUCAGUGUUUCACGCAUCGCUACCUCGGCUGGAAAAUAAACGUCCACGACGCGUGUGACGGCGUGAAACAAGCUGGAAGCGAGACCCACGAGGUCUACGUCGCUCCGUCCAACAAUCAACGGCCGUUCGUCGAGGAUCUAGAUGGCAGCUCGAGCAUCCGUGUACCAAGCAAGGUAACGCCAACGGCGGAGUUCCUUCAGCAGCAUCUUCAUCAUCCCCAACCCGGUGAACCCGGGCUUCGUUACUCUUAUCAUCCAGCGACUAACCCCGGCAAGCUAAGCACACCACACACCCAGCUACUAACGACCGCUAAUAACAACAAUUACAUGCGCUUGAAAUCAUCGUCGUCGCCGUACGAGGAGCCGUACGCUUCGAGAUCUCCAUACAGCACGCCAGGUUUCACCGUUGCGCCGCAUCGUCACGAGGUACGCGUGAAGGAAACGCAUCAUCACGCGCACCUCGACGAGGAUCUCUUGCAGCAACACCACCACAACUAUCAUCCCUAUCAUCAUCAUCAUCAUCAUCAUCAUCAUCAGCUCGCACCGAUCUAUCGCGAACAAUCAAUGGGACCACCGACCAGAAUGACCUCCCCUCAGACCUACCCGGGCCGUCAGCAGAUCAUGGAGAUGGAGCCAGAACUCCUUCGACAACCCUCUAACCAACAAUUGUCUAACCUCGUUGCAGAUAAUCCACGACCAAUGAGCCAUGGGACGAAAUACACUUAUCCACCUGCUACCAGCCCGCAGAUCCUAUAUCCCAGGCCGGUGCCCCAUCAUUACGCCACCAAUUACCACCACCUUUACCAUGUACCGUUCCCCCAUCAUUAUCCUCACCAUCAGCCGGAACAGAGGACGCAACUAAUGAUCGUCAAGAGACCGGUGCUGACGCGUCGUCCGAUGUUGCAGACCGUCCACUCGAUGCCCCCCCAGUCGACCCUACCCCUACCACCCAGGCCUGUCUUUUUGGAACGAAAAAAGGCCGUUUACAGAUCACCCUCUCCCGCUCACGACAGAAGAACGCAGGAAAAACUCUCCCUGAGUAUCGAGAAUCAGCUCGCCAAGAUGAAGAAAAUCGAGUCGGCCAAGCCACGAGUCAAGAUAGAGGCCAAAGUAUCCACUCUGGAUAUUCCCAAUAUUUUCACCACUCCCAUGAAACCCGCUAGAAACACCGGAUUCAAUCCUGACUCGAUAGUGAUAGAAAGUGGGUUCAAACCUAUCGUCAGAAGCGUAGAGAAAACCCUAGACGUGGCUCAGAAGAGGCAUUCGGAGAAAAUGGAACACGAGGAGGAAAUUCGGGGGCAGAAUCGCAAAUCGAACGACAAUUUCGAACCGGUAUUCAUACCUUCGCCGCCAGUUCCGACCGUCGAUACGGUGAAGAAAUCGAAGAAAAAAAUCAGCAACGCGAAAUCUCGUCCAGGUGAAGUGGACGACAUGGAGAUGGCUGCCGACGGAGUGAACGCUUAUUACUUGCCUCCUGUUCCCAGUGCGAUCUCCAACGACCCUUCACCUCCGUCCUCCUCCGAAGUACUUGUCACCUUCGAUGGGAAAAGAUUAAAGGACUUCAGUUUGGCCAGGUCUCUGUCAGGAAUUGGCGAGCAUUCCAAGAGCAAACUGUCCUCGGACAGUCUCAGCAGAACGCCGCAGUUUGGAAAGUUUAAAGGGGAACUGCCACCCCUGAUUCCUGGUGAUGUUCGAUCGGACCAUUCUCAGCUGGAGAAACAUCGCCUACCUUCGAUAGAUCAGAAAAACACCAGACUCGCGCCUGUGGGAAGAUCGAAGAGAUCUCCUCACGAGGGGCACGUACACGUCGCAGAUUCUCGUACGAACACCUCUCAAAUAAGUUGUUACGAUCGUCACGAUCACCGUGAAAAUUCCACGUCUAUGCUCGUCAACGCGAGUCAAACGAUGCUAGCUAAUUUCGGUUACGUCCUUUUCGCCGUGAUCCUUUACCACCUCGUUUGAUAAAGUUGCCGGUGCCGAAACUUUUCGUUGCGUAGAUGUGUGCAGACCCAUUUAGAAAUGGUUAGUCGAUCGAAUCAUGUCAGGGACACGUCAUCGUUUGCCACGUUCUUUCAAUUCAGGAGCACGUCCAAACUGGAUCUAAUAGACGCGAUAACACGGCAGAGGAAUAGGUAUAACUAACCACAGAAUACUGAUCCUUCCUUUAUUCAGCUAUUUAUUAUCGGAUAUGCCCGCCCCUUAUUGGACGUGUUUAACACCUCUUACAAUACCGUUU